ACUGAUACAUUGCAAACGGAAUACACAGAACUUGAACCUGCAACUAAUUCCAAUCUACAGUCAUGGCGCUCAACAUGGAAUUCCCAGAGCUUCUCCCUGAAGAACUUGUCAAAGAAAUCUUGUUUUCCCUUCCUGUAAAAUCUCUGGUGCGAUUCAGGUGUGUAUCCAAGUCAUGGAAGUCUCUCAUCUCCGAUUCUCAAUUUGUGAAACUUCACCUUCACCGAUCUUAUGCUCGAAACGGUGAUUUUGCACACAUGCGCUUGCUAAUCAGAUGUCACACCGAUGAUUUUAGUCGUAUGUAUGCUUCAUCUCGCUCUGUCACUUCACUGUUGGAAAGCCCUUCGGCUAUUGAAGGAACCGGAAGUUGUUUCAACACGUACAAAUCCAUUGGAACCUGCAACGGAUUGAUUUGUUUGAUAAAGUGCGUCCCAAAUGAAGGAUACUGCUUCAACUCGGUUUAUUUCUUGAACCCAGUUACGAGGUUAAUGUCUCUAGAUUCACCAACUUUUGAUGGUAUGUUUCAUCAUUUUGGGUUUGGUUAUGAUUGUUCAAGUGACACCUACAAGGUGGUGGCAAUGAUCCCUCGUACGACAACGAUGAAUGUUUACAAUAUGGGUGAUAAAUGUUGGAGAACAAUUCAAGUUUCCCCUCUUCCCCGUUUGCGUCUUAGAGGAGCUGCAGUUUAUAAAAUUAUACACCACACUUGUCAUUGCCUUAUUGUGUUCGUGUAAAGAUGAAUUAGUCUCAACUCUUGAGUCCCCAACUCUUAGAGUUUUGAGGGGUUGCCUAUGUGUUUCACAAGAUGACAGGAAAACAGGUAAUUUGGUUGUUUGGCAAAUGAAGGAGUUUGGAGUACACAAGUCUUGGACUCAGUUGUUGAACAUUAUUUUCUAUGGAAAAUUCAGUCAAUGGCCCUAUUUUCCGAUGUGCAUGUCUGAUAAUGGUGAUGCCUUGUUGUUGCAAGAUUAUUGUGGGUCCCAAGCAGUUCUCUACACCCUAAAAGAUAAUAAAAUUGAGAGCACGAUGAUUUCUAGCAGCAUCGCUGGUUUCUAUCUCAAUGACUACAUUGAAAGUUUGGUUUCACCUUGUUGAAAGUGGGUUCGGUACGUUUUAGUUAUCCUAUGACCAUUGGACUUUAUUCUUAAAUCAUGUAUUGUUUUCAAAUCUUCAUUAAAAUAGAUAAAUACUGCUGAAGAGACUGUGUGAAUGCUUUAAGUGGUGCAUUAGGGCAAUUUUUUUGGAUAUUUUAAUAUUGCUAGUGAUCAUAUCAAACUUUAACGAUUGGAUCAAUUUGUUCUUGUUUAAUAUUUUAUUUGUUAUGUCUUUGUUGAGAACAA